CUGCUACCUUUCCCGAAUGAAGGCUGCCACCCAAUUGCCCGCGAAUCCCGGAUUAUGAGAGUAGAGGAAAGGGACUAUACUUAGCCACGGGAUCUCGCAUCUGACACUGGUACCGGGAUGAAGGGCUGCAGUGCAGGUGAAACUGUGUCCUUAAGCCUGUGAAGCUAGAAUUCCAUCUCCGUUACGGACUGCAAGACUUGUUUUGUGACUAACCAUAUGAAAAACGUUGAGUUUAACCUGGAAAGGGCGGAAAGGCUUAAAAUGCCAGCGAGGAGACUGCGAGAGGUUGUUUCUCCAAACCAAGGGAAUAAAUUGCCUGUGGUGGAAGAUGAGCUGCCCCGUGAAGUUCCUCCAGCACUGUCUGCAAAUAAACGUCUUGCUGUUGGAACGAGGACUAGCUCAAAUGGAACGUUAUGUGGCUCGUUGGAUUUAACUUCUGCUAGACACCAGCCCCUGUCAGAAAAUCCCCCUGCAGUUAAUAAAAGCGAUUUUUCUAAAGACGCUGUAGUUCAGAGGCUACCUUUGAAUAAAACAGAAGAGAACAACGCACAAAAAGCAAAUGACAUCUUUAUUUCUCAGUACGCCACGGGACAGAAAGAUGCUCUGAGAACUGUUUUAAAGCAAAAAGCUCAAAGCACGCCUGCUUUUAAGGCAGUGAAAGUGCAUCUUUUAGAAGACAUGAGUACAGAAAAGAAUACUGUUGCUCAGGACACGGAAACUCCACCCAACAGGAUUGAUCCAGCGACAACCGUGGCUGCCGCAACCGCCGCCGCCAUUGCAACUGCAGCUCCUUUGAUAAAGGUACAAAGUGAUUUGGAAGCAAAGGUUAAUUCUGUUGGAGAGUUACUUAAUAAGUUACAGGAGACUGAUAAACAGUUACAGCGUGUGACAGAGCACCAAGCAAGCAUUCAGCACAAACAGGAGAAAUUACACUGCCAUGAUCACGAGAAACAGAUGAACGUGUUUAUGGAGCAGCACAUCAGGCACCUUGAAAAAUUACAGCAGCAACAGAUGGAUAUUCAGACCCAUUUCAUUGAUGCUGCACUCAAGGCUAGUAGUCUUCAAUUUGGCUUGUCCUCUUCCAGAGCAGAGGACAAGUAUUCUGGAAAACCACAACAUCCUAGUGUUUCUUCACACAACACAUUUGUUUCUAAACAAGUGCCUUUAAGUGAAGAUACAGAUUUUGAUGGGCAGAAAUCUCCUUUAGAGACACCAGCUCCUCGAAGGUUUGCCCCUGUACCUGUUUCAAGGGAUGGAAAAGUAACCAAGAGGGAAAGCUCCAUAGAAGAAAAAGAAAAUAUGGAAAUGUACAGUCCUAAAGGAAAUGUAAGACUUUUGGAACAAGUACUGAAUAGUAAUGAGUGUUUGACAAGAAAAACUGAAUCAUCAGACAUAACCUCACUAACUCAGCCAAAAAUGGGAUGGAAUUUCGAGAAAAGAGACAGCACUGAAACUCUACAUUCACAAAGAUUUCCGUCCUGUGAAGAUCGAGGAACAGCUCAGGUACCUGUGCAGAAGUAUAACGAUAUUGUUCACGAUCUUAGCCAGAAGAAGAAACAAACAAGUGACAUGCUCCAGGUAAAGCAAUCUCCAGUUACCUUGAGGCUUUCAGAUCAUCCACACAAUCCUGUUAUGCCCCAGACAACCAAUACAAGGUCUGUCUUGAAGGAUGCUGCGAAGAUUCUGAGAGGAGUGCAAAACAAUAAAAAAGUACUAGAAGAAAACCUGGACGCUAUCGUUCGUGCAAAGGAUGGGGCUGCUGUGUAUUCUUUCAUCAAUGCUUUAGCUACCAAUAGAGAGAUGUCAGAGAAAAUUAGGAUCAGAAAAAAAGUAGAUGAAUGGAUUAAAAUCAUUUCAGCAGAAAUCCAGGAUGAACUUACAAGAAAAGAUUAUGAAAAGAGAUUUGAUCCAAAGAAUCAAAGGAACAAGAAAUCUCUAACUAUGAGUAGAGAUAUUAAAGCCAAUAACCAAGACAAAACAGCGAACAGAUCUAUAAUUCCAAGAAGCCAUUAUCAAAAGCAAACGCAGGAGCAGUUCACAAGUCCGCCUGUGAGGAGCGUGCCUGCCUCAGCCCCACAGAGAGAGAAGAAUGUAAGGAACACGCCUGCCUCAGCCCCACAGAGAGAGAAGAAUGGCCUCUUGAAGUCAACCACAACUUUACAAGACGAGGACUACAUGUUUCAGAUAUACGGGAAGCCGCUUUAUCAGGGCCACCGCAGCACCCUUAAGAAAGGACCGUACCUCAGGUUCAGCUCUCCAUCUCCUAAGGCCAAGCCACAGAGGCCAAGAGUAAUAGAGCGAGUAAAAGGCACUAAAGUCAAGUCAGCAAGAACACAAACUGACUUUCAUGCUACACCACUUACGAAAACGGACUCUAAAGCACAGCAUCCCAUCACCACACUACCUCAUGCUCAUCAGCAGUGUGUGCUCAGCCCAAGCAGAGAGAUGCCUACCGUUUCAGGGACCCUGGACGGUCAUCUAAUCCCCAUGGCAAUCCUUCUCGGACAAACCCAAAGCAAUAGUGAUUCCAUACCACCUGCUGGAGUCCUAGUAAGCAAGCCACACCCUGUCACUGUGACUACCUCUAUUCCUCCGUCAUCUCGAAAGGUAAAAGCUGGAGUCAAGAAACCUAACGUAGCAGUUGUAGAAAUGAAAUCAGAGAAGAAGGAUCCUCCCCAGCUCUCUGUACAGAUACUACCCAGUGUGGAUAUUGACAGCAUCUCAUACAGCAGUACUGGUGGGUCUUCCCCUUCUCCAAGUCCCAAAGAAGCCUCGCCGCCUCCACUACACACCUGGAUCCAGACUCCAGAAUUUAUGAAGGUGGAUGAAGAAGAGUUGCCCGUUCCAGGAACUAACUUUGAUGAAGUAAUUGAUGUUAUUCAGGAAGAGGAAAAGCGUGACGAGAUUCCUGAAUGCUCUGCACCAAUGUUGGAGUUUAACAGAAGUGUUAAAGUUGUUCCUACAAAGUAUAGUGGGCCUUCAUUUCCUCCAGUAGUUUCUGCUCUCCGGCCCACUACUGAUAUUUUAGAUAAAGUAAUUGAGAGAAAAGAAACAUUGGAAAAUAAUUUAAUUCAGUGGGUAGAACAAGAAAUAAUGUCAAGAAUUAUCUCUGGGCUCUUUCCACUCCAGCAACAGGCCAGACUUGAUGCCAGUGUUUCAGUAAGCGAGGCAAGCGAACCGUCAGCUUCUGACAUUGUCCCAGGAACAAGCAGCGGAGCAUUCCAGCUUAUGGUAGAUGCCGGAGUUCCUGUGAACUCAGACAUGAUCAGCCAUUUUGUCAAUGAAGCUCUGGCCGAGACCAUUGCUGUCAUGUUAGCUGACAGAGAGGCAAAGAAGCAAGGGCCUGCUGCCACACGUGUUUCGGGUGAUCUUUCAAGAAAUGAGACUAAUGUGUCGCCUCGCCCUAUAAUCCAAGCUGACCUGGAACUCUCUAUCUCUGUAGCUCAGGGUGGAUAGUCCUUUCACUUCAGUGUAUAAAACAUGCUACUAUUUUAUGCAGGAGCCAUUAUACCUUCAUAAAAAAGAUAUAUUUUAAACUUAAUCACAUUUAAACUUAAUCAUCAUUUUAAACUUAAGAUCACAGAUUGUGAUAGAAUUUUAUUCAGGUGAUGUAAUUAACAUUUCCCUACACUUUAUUAUUCACUUUUUGAGAUUCGGUUUCUCGUAGUUCAGGCUGGCCUUGAAGAUGCACCUGAAGGUGGCCUUGAACUGGAUUCAAGUCUGAGCUAUCAUACUCAGCUUCUAAGUGUGUUACAGUGACCAUUUUUCCCCUUCCUUCAUUUAUUUCCUGUAUUUCACAUUGCUGGCAGUUGAAGUGUGUGUUUUGCUUGAUGUCUGUCUGUCUGCUCCUUGCAUGCACUAUCCACACAAGCCGGAAGAAGGUAUCCGAUCUGGAACAGACAGUCAUAAGCUUCCAUGUGGGGGCUGGGAGUUGAACCCCUGACCUCUGGAACAGCAGCCAGUGCUCUUAACUGCUAAGUCACCUCUCCAGCCCUGUAUUGUGUUCUUUAGAAAAAGUUUGAAAGUUGUGAACAUGUGACUCUACCUCAAAAGGGUUAGCAGUAUUCCCUAAGGACACGUUUUCUGCUUUUAUUCAUCAUUUUCACUGAGCCCACAGAAAUAGUGGUCCAGACACUUCAUCCAAGUAUAGUUUACUUUGCUCACAUCCCCCACCUCCGUCCCCUCAUUUGUCCUUCCUCCACUCCGUGUGACACCACUGCUCUUCCUCCUCUCCCUGAGUAUUUGUUUGUACUUUUAGUCACACACAUUUAAUAUCUAGGUUCUACAUAGAAAGAUACUUUCUUACGUUACUCCUUUAGGAGAAAAUGUACUUCAUAGACUUCAUUACUGUUUGUCUAGUCACCAUCGCUAUGUGAAGUAGAAUUUCUAAUCUCUUGUUGGAAUGAUACAAAUCUCUGUAGCUAUUUCUGACCCUGUAAAUCACGAAGACUUAUUAAUAGGUGAGUCCUGUAAACUAAUCUUUUAUGUAUAAAGUUGAUGUUUGGCUAUUUUUUGUUGUUUUGGUGGUUGGGUGUGGUUUUUUUUUUUUUUUUUUUUUUUCUUUUUUUGGUUUUUUGAAACAGGGUUUCUUUGCAUAGCCCUGGCUAUCCUAGAAUUUGCUCUGUUGACCAGGCUGGCCUCGAAUUCACAGAGAUCCACCAGUCUCUGCCUCCCAAGUGCUGGGACUGAAGGUGUGCACCACCACCGGCUGCCUGUGGUGCUAGGGAAUGGACGCAUCUGCUCACACCUGUGCCUUGUUGACGAUGCUUGCACUGCAGACCUCUCAGGGCUACGACGGCUCUGUAACCGGAUCGAUAGAUCUCUGUUCUUCUUUGACUUGUUCUGUGCUCAUUCGCUGCACAUACUCUCAUGGGGGUGAUUAGUAAGAAAAUUUGGAAAAAUAAGUGUAAGCAGGAAGUUUGAUUGUUGAGAGCGUAGUCUCUUGGGCAUAGCGAACUGAUGCCUCAGCUCUGUUUUGCGUAGGCUUGCCUAUAUGAUAGAGAUACUUUAGAGUUUAAACCGUGCGUGACUGUUAGUAGAGCGAGCCCGUGCUCACUGAGCUAGUUGUCCCCUCAACACUAUCAAGCUUGUCUUAGCAUUUGGACAUAAUUUAUGUUUUUAUUUUUCAUGUAUUUUAAAUUUUAAUUUUAAAGUUUUUAAUUUUUAAUUUUUGUUUUAGUUUGUUUUCCAAGACAGGGUUUUCUAUGUAGCCUGGGCUGUCCUGGAACUUGAUCUGUAGACCAGUCUGAAUUCAAGCUCAGAGAUCUGCCUGCCUCUGUCCCUCAAGUGCUGAGAUUAAAGCUGUGCACCACCAUCACGGAAGUUUUAUUUUAAUUAAUUUAUUUAUUUAUUUUAUUUUUUCAGAGAUGAGGUUUUAUUGCACUGCCCAGACUGGCCUCCUGCUCUUGAAUGCUGUCUCUUGCCUCAGCUUCUUAAGGAACUGGGAUUGCAGGUGCACGCCACACUAUGGCCUGCUCUUUACAUCUUAUUUCUAAGUUCUAUUAAAAAUCGCAUUUCUUACUAGGUUUCAGGAAACCACUUUUUUUUGUGUUCCCAAAGAAGAUAAGGACUUGAUUCUCAGACUGUGUUUACAACAGCAUAAAGGACCACAGAGCCUUGGUUAUGACGUGAAUCCUGGAAGGAAAAUGUUAAAGAAAGAAGUCUAAUUUUGAUUUGUAUAAUUUGGGAAGGAUAGACAUCUUCAUGAUAUUAAAUUAUCAUCAUCAUCCUAUAAAGUUUCAUGGAUCAUUAAAUCACUUACAUAACUUACGGUCUAGAACUUUGUGAAUGCUUAGUUCCUAAUGGUUUAGUGAUCAGUUACCAGUGCUGGGAGAAUACCUUCAGAUCCUCUCAUGAGGAUAGCUGGGCCAUCUUGCUGUAAAUAAAUGAAUAUUUACAUACAUACACACACACACACAUACACAUACAGAUUUUUAUGUUGUAUGUAUAUACAGUCAAGAAGUAGAAACGAUAUAGUGUAUUUUUUUCACAUAAAAGAGUUUGCUACCUGUUGAGCAGUGUUUGAGGAUUUCUAAUAAUUUUUCAUCAUUUGGACAGUAUUGGGCAUGUCCAGGGUAGUGUGGCUGUAGACUCACCAUCAGUUUAAGUUAGGCAGUAGUUUCCAACAUGGCAUGCAGUAUAUAAAGGCCUUUUAAAGUGGAUAAUAAUGUUCUUAAAAUGAACAAAGGAAAUGACAAGGCUGUUCCCUCACAGAAAAGAAAUAGGAAUUGCCUGCGUACGGAUAAAAGACCCAGGGAGAGUAGGCACUCUUGCCUCUGCUGAUGGUGUAAAGUAGCCCAGUGCUAUAGGGGAGUUCCACAGUGUCUGCUCAGAAGUAAACAGUGCUUUCAGUAGUUAGGACUGAGAACUUACUCUAUACAUAAGUCUAUGUACAUGUAAUUGACUUAGGUCAGGAUUGCUUGAUAACUCUGAGGAAAGAAACGAGAUAGAAAGGAAACAGGACAGUGUUUUUACUGUUAUCCUUUUAUGUCUUCGAACUUUGAAACCUGUUGAAUAUUACCUUAGGUGAGAAAUUAAUAUUAAGAUGUUUUCUUCUUUCCUUGUUUGCAGCUGACUCUAAUGUUUUCUCUCCUGCCGUCUCCUGUUUCCUACUUGCUGUUACGUUAACCAUGCAACCCAUCCAGUUGUAGUUGGGUUUGAUCAUCAUCUCAGUCUGAUUAAUCUCUGUGUUAGAAGACAAACUCAUUUCUUUCAGACGUAGUUACUUAGUUGCCCAGGAGUUUCUUUAGGCCAGUCCUGUACUGGCAACCAAAUAGUUAAGACCCGAACACCCAGGCUUCUGUUUGUUGUUGCUUUGACCGUCCAUGUCAACGCUGUAGUCUAGGACUGAGCUCCUCUUACUGUUUCUAUUAUUUUCUGUCGGGUGAUUAUGAACACACUGUGUUUGUUUCACUAAUCCAUCUUAGGCAAGAGUUUAUCCUCCGGUAGCCACACCGCAGCCUACUCCCCC